AUGAGCAUGGAAGGAGAUUGGAUGUGUGCUGCAUGCCAGCACCUAAAUUUCAAGAAACGGGAUGCAUGCCAACGAUGUAGCUGUCCCAAAUAUGCAACAACGACCGAUGUUUACAUGUAUGGACUAAACAAAACAGAAGUCCUAGCUGGAGACUGGUAUUGCAGUGCCAUGAGCUGCGGUUCUCACAACUACGCAAGCAGAACAAGCUGUUAUAGAUGUGGUUCCUUAAAAAGUGAUUAUUAUGGUAACGGGGCAGGAAUGAUAGCAUCAACAGAUUAUGGAUAUGAUGCAAGUGCUUGUCCUGGUUGGAAGAGUGGUGAUUGGAUUUGCAGCAGAUUAGGAUGUGGUACGCACAACUAUGCCAGUAGAGCAGAAUGUUAUAAAUGCAAGAUGCCUAGGGAUUUUGGAGAUGACCUGAGAGAAAAUGAAUUAUAUUGA